AUGAAAAAUGUGCUUCCUUCGUCCAGUUCGUCCCACGAGAUAUAUGUGCAUGAAUGUUCUAAUAGUGUACAAGCGAUCAAUAAAAAAGAUGAAUGCUUAAAAAAGAUAAGUAAAAAUAAAGAAAAUAUUAAUCUAAAGAAAUGUGAAAAAAAAGAGCGUUGUAAUAGUAAAUCUAAGACUGGUAAAUUAACAAAACAAAAUAGUAUAGUUAGGGGUGAAAAACGUAAGAUAAAAAAACAAAUUAAGAUACGUAAUAGUGCAAGUAAUGAUUUCGCAAGAGAAUCAUUUGAAGAGGAGAUGGACGAAGACUAUGAGGAAGAAGUGGAAGAAGAUGAAGAUGAGGACAGAGAUAAAGAUACCGAUGAUGCAAGAAAAUAUUUUAAAGAAGGGCAAAAAAUUAUUACCCCACCAAAUGGCGAUGGUACAAGGGCUUUCUACGAAAGUUUACUUGAAGAAAACCCAAAUUCAAUUAUUGCAAUUAAAUAUUGUAUAGAGCAUGGUGUUCUUAGUGGGACCAAACAUCAUGAAGCAUUAUAUAAGUACUGCGUACUUAAAAAAAACAAUGCAUUCAAAAAUAAUUUUGGAGGUCUAAGCUAUAGAUUUGUAAAAUUAUUAGAAGAAUCAUGUAAAUCUGAAAAAUAUUAUAAUAAAGAUUUAUUAAAAAAAGAGGUUCUAUCUAAAUAA